AUGUUCCAGAUGACACUUUCAGAAAUUUCGUACGGUACGAAAAAGGCUCAUAAAGGAGACGAUCCUGUCACCAGUAGGAAUCUGGUAGAGGAUAAGACAAUCGAAGCAACGUCGUCCACAACGCUACCGGAUGAGCAGCCAGCACGGCGGCUGCUGCUUCAUCUGCCUCUCAACGUAUUGGCAUCGCAAUCUGCACAACGAAAAGAUGAAAGAAAAACUCAAGGUGAUGAGUGCAUUAUGCACUCGACGUCUUCCGUUUGCUUUGCGAAUGUGCUGUUCAAGAACGCGCAUUUUUGCGGGCAUGUAUGUCACAGUUGGCUGAAUCGUUCGAAGCGUGCGCUGGUGCUCACUAGCAACGGAGUGACCAGGAAGGCAGAAAUCACUGACUAUGAAUUAGUGCAGAAAGAAGCGCUACGUCUUGAAGAGAUGCUUGACGGAUUGAUAGACGGCAUGAAGCGACGAGCACAAAUCACUGAGAAUAAGGAACAUCUGUUGGUAUUCGCCCGGAAGAGCGGCGGUCGAAAGAAACGAGUCACAUGGUUGCCCAGCAGUCAGCAAAAAAUCCGUGGCACAUGGUUUGGCUUGGCCCAGAGUCUCAUCGAGCAGUACUCGGUGAAUCUUGAAUUGGAAGACGUGCAUGAGCGUGAGAUGCGAGUUAUCAUCUGGAAAACACUUCUUCAUAUUCGCCUUAUUGCACCAUCUGAUCGAAUACAGCACAUCAAAUCCAGACCGAGGAGAUUAGAACAUCCUGAAACUCAUCGACUAGCUUCUCACUAA